AUGGGGAACCACGGCUCCAACGUGGAUGACAUCCUGGCUGAGGACAUGCACCACUGGUACAACAAGUUCAUGAAGGAGUCUCCAUCGGGCCUCAUCACGCUGUUUGAGUUGAAGGCCAUCCUCAACUUAAAGGGUAUCACAGAGAACGCCAACAGCUACGUGGAACAGGUCUUCUUCACCUUUGACAUGGAUGGGGACGGCUAUAUUGACUUUGUGGAGUACAUCGCUGCCAUCAGCCUGCUGCUGAAAGGAGAAAUCAACCAGAAGCUGAAGUGGUACUUCAAACUGUUCGACCAGGACGGCAACGGGAAAAUCGACAAGGAUGAGCUGGAAACCAUCUUCACAGCCAUCCAGGACAUCACACGGAACAGGGACAUCGACCCGGAGGAGAUCGUCACGCUCAUCUUUGAGCGGAUUGAUGUGAAGGGUGAAGGUGAGUUGACGCUGGAAGAGUUCAUCGACGGAGCCAAGGAACAUCCGGACAUCAUGGAAAUGCUGAAGAACCUGAUGGACCUGACACCGGUUCUGGAGAUCAUCGUGAACAGCCGAGAGUCCGCCAUCCAGAACUGA